CAGCCAGAGUUCAAGGGCUCCCACCUCUGCCCCAGCUGCACCCCAGGUCCCCGCCCUUGGCAGCCACCAGGCUGCCCGCCCUCUCCUCCUCUGCACCCGCCCUUCUUUUCUCCCUCUCUCUGAUUGCAGCCUGAACACAUCUGCCUGGCCACUCCAAGGACCAUGUCGAGGUACAGCUGGGGCUACGAUGAGCACAAUGGUCCUAUUCAUUGGAAUCAAUUUUUUCCAAUUGCCGAUGGGGACCAGCAAUCUCCGAUUGAGAUUAAAACCAAAGAAGUGAAAUAUGAUUCGUCUCUUCGGCCUCUUAGUAUAAAAUAUGAUGCAAGCUCAGCUAAAAUCAUCAGUAACAGCGGCCAUUCCUUCAACGUUGACUUUGAUGACUCAGAAGACAAAUCAGUUCUGCGUGGGGGACCCCUCACCGGAAGCUACAGGUUACGGCAAUUUCAUCUUCACUGGGGAUCUGAUGAUGAUCAUGGCUCAGAACAUGUGGUUGAUGGAGUAAGAUACGCAGCAGAGCUCCAUGUUGUUCAUUGGAAUUCAGAAAAAUACCCCAGUUUUGUUGAGGCUGCCCAUGAGCAAGAUGGUUUAGCUGUCUUGGGAGUCUUUUUACAGAUCGGUGAGCAUAAUACCCAGUUGCAAAAGAUUACUGACAUUUUGGAUUCUAUUAAAGAAAAGGGUAAACAAACUCGAUUCACCAAUUUUGACCCAAUAUCACUUCUUCCUCCAUCCUGGGACUACUGGACAUACCCUGGCUCUCUUACUGUUCCACCUCUUCUGGAAAGUGUCACGUGGAUUGUUUUAAAACAACCUAUAAAUAUUAGCUCUCAACAGCUGGCCACAUUCCGCAGCCUGCUGCGUACCUCAGAAGGAGAAACAGCAGCUUUUUUGUUGAGCAAUCACCGUCCACCACAGCCUUUGAAGGGCCGAAAAGUCAGAGCAUCUUUCCUUUGAAAGUUGUCAGUAGAAGACAACCUCAAACCUGUCUGCAAAGAGAAAUAAAGCAAAACAAAACAAAAUGUUCUGCAAAAAAGUUCUUUCCUUGGAUUCUCACUUCCAGAACCUACUUUGCUCUCAGCUCUAGCACCACAAAGAAAAUCUGAUCUCUAAUAAAAACAGACUAAAUUCCUCAGCUCAUUCAUACUCGCAGGCCUGAGUAUAGAAGGAGUUAUCAUGUACAACAUGUGAUGUGACGAGCUUC